CGCCAGAGGCAAAAUUUUUCUAAAUUUUUUCCUUAAAAUUUUCUUCUAGAGCAUUCAAGGUCCUUCGUUCAAAGUCAGGGGCAGCUCGUACGUGUUUGUGCUGACAAGGUUUUACACCGGUGGAAAUGAACCAGAGGACGAUGGCCUCAGUCGAAUUGUCUCUUUUUACAGGGAACGCGGAAAUCGCCCUAUGGCGCUUCGUAAGCUGCCGGCUGCUAUAAAUAUGCACCGAAAGCGAGUGAUUAACAUUUUGGAGGAGAAUCCGAACAUCGUUGAUUGUUUUCGUAAAUGUCCCAAACACGAAGAAAGCAGCGAGUCUGAUGACGAGGAACCGAAGCCGUUCAACCCUAAACGCCGCUUACGCGGCUAUUGUCGAUUGGUUGACACGUUGCCGAACGACUUCUCAGAGAUAAAUACUGAUCCCAGCGACGCAACGGCACCUGACAGCGUGACCAGUGUCAUCACUGCCGAUUCGAUCAACAGAUUCUCAAGGGAGCCAAACAUGACGUUCAGACAACACUGUUACGACGCGAUCAUGCGAAGCGGCUCCACGGGCGUAAGUCUAAAUGAACUUUGCCGUUCAGGGUUCAUGGAACGGAGUUACAUUUCUUCGAACACUCAAGAUCAGGUAAACGCCUACCUGGACACGCUACAGGCCAGAACCGGCAUCGACUUUCGUAAAUGCGCACAAAUAGAAAAAAUACAAAUGUCAGACCGAAUGUGCAAGCGAAUUCUGAUGAUUCUCGAUUGUUUGGAAGAAACUGCGGUGUGGAAAAGAUACGACCUUCUGGAGACUGCUUGUGAGUCGUACGGAACGCAGAAUUCUCGCGUUCGACUGCAGCUUCUUCACGAGUUCCUCUUCCACUUGAUUUACAGAGCUCCUCAAUCUGAUUCUUUUUGCGGUGAUAACUCGUCUGACGAUGCUGCAGAUCCGCCUGUUUACGUUGAUAAAAUCUCGUGGCAGCGGUUCAUUCCCCUUCUGGAGCCCAACAAGGGUUUGGCAGUUGGAUGGUUCACCAUUGACCAGAUCAUUCCUUUCUUACCCUUGUCUGUCUGUUGCCAGAUUUACCGAAUGGCUUAUCGAGAGUUUUUGAACGAUUCGAUUCGGAAACACACCUUGCUGAAACAUCUUCCGACGCUGAUCAAUCAAGCUAUCGUAUUUGAUCAUCGCUUGCAGCAGAGCUUGACGUCUCUAUGCGAUAUGAUGUGUCAUUUGGGCUUACUUUCGCUUGGCCCGCCUUCUCCAUCUACCUCUAACUCGCCAGUCGAACGCUUUUACUUCCUCCACAAGGGUUCGACAUUGACCGAUACGAGCCCCGCGCCGCGCUCUUUCCGAUUAGUCGCCGAACCGCUCAAUCGUUACAAAAUCUAUCAGUACAAAUUCGAGAGUAGUGACGAUGUCCGACUGUACUGGGUUCAUAUGAGAGCAAUUGUGUGCAGCACGCGUAUUGGUCUCCGAAGUUGCCAAAAAGAAUCGGACGGUAUGGGCGGCUUAGGCGGUGGAUUUAAUUGCUUCCUUUAUUGUUUCUACUAA